CUUCAAACGCUUCGCACGAACGUAGAAAGAAGAACAAGAAGAAGACAUGAUCACGUCAAGGAAGGGCGCCAUUUACCUUAUCGGAAUCCACAUGGUGCCCAACAUUGUCGGCAUCGCGCGCUUUUCUUACGGUUUUCACAGGACUGGGGCACAAACGGAAGGGCUCGUAUUCGACGUGUUGCUUGGCGCCGAAUGCGUUUUGAACAUCAUCAGCGACGCAGUGGUCAUCCUACUCCUUUGGCAGGCGGAGAAAUCAAAAGCAACUAGCACGGGUCAUGCGGCAGUGUCGACCGUUCUGCGCGCAUUCGUGGCGUGGAACACUGUGGCGAUGCUUUUCUGCUGCGGUGCCAACCUGGCCGGCCUGCGUUACCCGCCCAAGUGGUACACGGAGCAGGACGCUGAUGAGAUUACCUUGAAAGAGCAGGUGAAGAUUGUCUUGAUUUGGGCUCCCUGGAUUAUAAUGGCUGCCUACGGUAAGCUGUACUACACGACGAUGCUGUACGCGUUCUACAAAGUGUACGAGUCGACCGGAGGCAAAGCGUUCGACGGAACAGACGAGGUACACGGGGCUCCCUCCAACCUGAGCCUAGACGGUGGUCAGCCAACAACCAGGCCACAACGCAGCAUCCCGCGACCCGAGAUCGACCCGGCUAUCUUCGGUGAUCCGACGCCAGUCAUUGGCCGAACUCCAGCUAGUGGCCUGUCCCCCGUGGCUCCGUCGCCCAUGCACCCGCAAAUCCCUUCUGCGCUGCCACGCUUCGUUAUCACUCCCGUACCGGCGUCGCCCAACCAUCCGACGCACGGUACGCAGCUAUACGCAUACCCGUCGCCCAUGGGGGCCGCGUCCCUAUCGCCAGACGGAAUUCCCGUUGGACCCGGCGUUCCUCCGACCCAACAGCGUCUGACGUCCAGCGGCCCAACACCCAACGCCCUGACGCCCAGCACGCUGACACCCAUCGCCCAGACGCCGUCUCGCGGAUCGAAGUCUAGUGGGGGGACAACGUCGAGCGCAUCUCGGAGUAGUGGAGCUCGAGCCCCGCAGACGCUCGAAACGGCGUCACCGGUCUCGAGGACUCCGACAGCGAGUGGCGCGGUGUCCACGACGCCGGCGACGCCCUCCCAGCGGUCUACCCCCGGUGGUCCGAUGACCCCACUGCCUAAGGUCGCCGUGGACGCCGCGGCCGUCGGCCCCAGGACCGCGCCCAGCGAGCAGGAAGUGCCCCGUUCCCGCGUCAUGAAAGCGCGACGCCCGGUCCCGCCUCCUCCUGUGGGGACUCGCAAAAGCAAGAAACACCGCUGAGUUGGCGGGGACGCUCGCCAGCGCUGACGGAAUUUUUCGCUCUUCGCGCCAUUUUUCUCCUGCAGAUGUUUGACGCUAUUGAAGGUAUCUUUUUAUUGACAGUCACCUGAGCCGACCGACCGAUUACGCCAGUCACGUGCAGAAACGUGGCAUACCUGAAAGUGGCACUUCAGUUCUGGCAACGGCACAGCGAGACGUAAUAUGCAGGGUGUUCAACCUAACUUGAGCCAAACAUUAAAGAUACGCAAAUGCUACGUAUCUAUAUCAAACCAAGGUAACGUUGUUUGCGUCGCUCGGAGGUACUCAGAUUAUUUUUGUAUUCUGUCUAAUUAGAUAAUUUCUCGUAAUUAAAUUCACAAUUAUUUAUAAUUAGAUUAAAAGACUCAAAGAAAGAACGGUAGAGCAACAUGAGAAC